AUGAAGCUGCCAAGGCCCACUUCGCAUAUCUUAAAGCGAGGCGUGGAGGGUCAACCUCCCAUCAACCCCGUCAAAGCGCGGCACGCGCAUCUCAUCAGACUCCGACUCCAAUCAUACCCAUAUGCAAUGUCCGACGUAAUCAAAUGGUACGCUCUGUCUCCGUCUCAUUUCGGCAAAGCCCGUCUCGCCGUCAACCAAAUUGAGUUCCCGACGAGGCCAAUUUUCAAUCACUUGAUCCGCGGCCUGGCGCUUUAUCAACCCAUCGAAGCGAUUGAAAUGUACGUCAACCAAAUGUAUCGCCAGGGGAUUGUUGGGGAUACUCUGACGAUGAUCUUUCUUUUCAAGUCGUGCGGUCGUGUCAGGGACGUCUUCCUUGGUCAAUUGUUUCAUGCCCAUUGUUCGAAACUUGGGUGUGAUUCGGAUUUGUCUGUGUCAAAUGUUUUGAUACAUAUGUAUGGCUCUUUGGGGGAUUGUGUGCCUGCACGCAAGGUGUUCGAUGAAAUGGGGCAGCGAGACUUGGUUUCUUGGAACUCAUUGAUCUGUGCUUAUGCUGACUGCAAGAAGUUUAAGGAGGUUUUGGGUAUUUUUGGUUUGAUGCAGGAAGCCAAUGUGAAGGCUGAUGCUGUAACAAUGGUCAAAGCCAUAUUGGCUUGUCUUCACGUAGGCGAACAGCAUACAGCAGAUUUAAUGGUCAAGUACAUUGAAGACAACAAAGUAGGAAUUGAUGUUUAUUUAGGUAAUGCUCUUAUUGAUAUGUAUGGCCAGCGUGGCUCGGUGGAUUUUGCUCAGGGUAUUUUUGAUAGGAUGCAAGCGAGGAAUAUAGUUUCUUGGAAUGCAAUGAUUAGGGCCUAUGUAAAAUCAGGGAACUUGGUUGCUGCAAGGAAAGUUUUCGAGGAUACCCCUAGAAGAGAUGUCAUCUCAUGGACUUCGAUGAUCACGGGGUAUUGUAAAGCUAACCAAUUUUCUGAUGCAGUCAAAACUUUCCAAGAUAUGAUGGGAGCUAAUAUAAAACCUGAUGAGAUCACAGUAGCUAGUGUGCUCUCUGCCUGUGCUCACCUGGGCUCUGCUGAUGCUGGACAGGCAAUUCAUGACUAUGUUCGUCAACACGGAAUAAAAGAAGAUGUCUUUGUAGGUAAUGCCUUGGUAGAUAUGUACAGCAAAUGCGGCGCAGUUGAGAAAUCACUAGAUGUAUUUCAUGGAAUGAAACACAAGGACAGUGUUUCGUGGACAUCUAUUAUCUCUGGGCUAGCUGUCAAUGGUCUGGCUGAUGAUGCAAUAAACCUCUUCUCCCGAAUGCUUAGAGAAGGUAUACAUCCAACUCAUGGUACCUUCAUUGGAAUUUUAAUCGCUUGCAAACAUUCUGGGCAGGUAGAUACAGGAUUGGAGUAUCUUGAGACCAUGGAAAAGGUAUAUGGCCUAAAGCCAGAGAUGAAACAUUAUGGAUGUGUUGUGGACCUGUUGAGUCGCUCAGGUAACUUAGAGAGAGCUUAUGAGUUUAUAAAAGCAAUGCCGAUAUUGCCAGAUGUUGUGAUAUGGAGAAUUUUGUUAGGUGCAUGUACGCUCCAUGGUAAUUUAGAGUUAGCUGAGAUUGUCACCAAGAAGCUGCUCGAGUUGGAUCCUUUCAAUAGUGGGAAUUACGUUUUCUUGUCUAAUUCAUAUGCAAGUUCAGACAGAUGGGAAGAUGCUGAUGAAGUGAGAAAAUUAAUGUUGGAAAGAGCUGUGGGAAAGCCUUCUGGUUGGAGCUCCAUUGAAGGGAAUGAUGGAGAUGGGUCGGUUCAUCCUCAUCAAUGA